AUGCGAAAUAAAAAACUUAAUUUUAAUAAACUUAUUUUUACACAAAACCAAAAUGCAAACACACGAACUUUUAAAAAAUUUUGGUUUAAAUUGGUUAUAAAUCUAAUGCUUAUUCAAAUUAGCAACGCAAGUCCUUUGAAAGCAGAGAACUGUGAUGAUUGGUCAUUACUUGACCUUAGUAUUGCCGGUCUAACAGGUUGUUUAACGAAAUUUUUUGUUGAUGGUGUUGGUGAGGGCAGCAACAGCAAUGCAAAUGGUGGUUAUCGACGUAGUACUGUGAUGAAAGGAGGAGGUUAUACCGGUUAUUUUGCCCUUCAUUCGUUUCAUAUUAGUAACCAACCCUUUCACUUCUUCGGUUACUACAGACGUUUUGUUGAAGGUUCUGCAGAGAUCGUAAGCUCUCUGCGUAAUUUGACCAAAAAUAAGGCAAACAAUUUUAUGCAAGAGAAAGAUCAUAAUGAAGCAUUAAAGGAACCAAAACGAAUGCUCUGCUCCGCACGGACUGCAGUGUUGUCCAACUUCGAAUCGAACUCUCCACCGUUUGCAUUGCAUGCUGAAGCUGGUGAUGCAGUUGUGGGUGUGUACUCACACAAAGAAACAAAGAAGGAAAGAGAGCAAGUCAUGGACGACGCGGGCCCCAGACUCAGCAAAAGACUGAGACAAAGUAGUGCGACAGAGUUGUCUAUUCGCUAUUUUUACAAUGAUGAGACAUUACAGACAUUACCCCAUGGCGAGGAAGAGUAUAGUUGGCUGACUCAGUUGAAAAUGCUUAAAGAGCUGAACCGUUCUGUUGAACCCUGGUACUUGGAAGUGCAACAGUAUGAUUUCACAAUACAGUGCAGAAAAGGAAAUGCUCACUGUAGUGCAGAUGCUUUGUAUCGUAGAUCAGUCGCGGCUGAAACAGAUAUAAAAGUGUUAAUGUAA